CAUCACUAAUCAAACAAAAAAAAAAAAACUAAAAAUCCCAGCAGCCGGCUAAUAAAUAACUACUAAAUAAUUGAAGUUGUGAAUUUAAAGAUAAUGACUGCAUUCGAGGAGUUUGGUGUGCUCCCCGAGCUGGGCAAGGCAACUGAUGAAUUGGACUGGACCCUACCAACUGAUGUCCAGGCGGAGGCCAUACCACUAAUUCUUGGUGGUGGCGAUGUCCUAAUGGCUGCCGAAACUGGCUCAGGCAAAACAGGUGCCUUCUGUUUGCCCAUAUUGCAAAUUGUUUGGGAAACAAUGAGGGAUCUGGAGGAAGGCAAGUCUGGCGGUAAAGGUGGAGGUGCUGGCGUCUCAGUGCCACCGUUCACCAUGUCCUUCUUUGAUCGCGAUCACGCCUUAGCCGUUACGCCUGAUGGCUUGAAAUGCCAAUCCCGAGAGUUUAAAGAAUGGCACGGCUGCCGUGGAACAACUGGAGUUCGCGGCAAGGGCAAAUUCUAUUACGAGGCUACGGUCACGGAUGAGGGUCUCUGCCGUGUUGGCUGGUCCACCCAACAGGCAAAAUUGGAUCUGGGCACAUGUCGCUUUGGCUUUGGGUUCGGUGGCACUGGUAAAAAAUCCAAUAAUCGACAAUUUGAUGAUUAUGGUGAAGCCUUUGGCAAGGCUGAUGUAAUCGGAUGUCUAUUGGAUUUACAACGUUCAGAGAUUAGUUUUACAAAAAAUGGCCAACAUUUGGGUGUUGCAUUUAAAAUACCCGAAAAUAUGUCCAAAGAGACCUUCUAUCCGGCUCUGGUAUUGAAAAACGCUGAAAUGGCGUUCAAUUUUGGUAAAACCGAACUGAAAUAUCAUCCUGGUAAUGGAUAUGUAGCUGUCUGCCUAGCGGGCUCUGAUCAUAGCACGGCAAAUCCCUUGGCUAGUAGCAAUAAUAGCUCUGCAAUCCCAUUGAAACCGGCACCGAAUGCUCCUCAGGCCAUUAUUAUUGAACCCAGUCGUGAGUUGGCUGAGCAGACAUACAAUCAAAUUGAGAAAUUCAAGUAUCAUUUAAGUAAUCCGGAAGUCCGUUCUCUGCUCCUCAUAGGAGGCGUCCGGGUAGAGGAGCAAAAGCAACAAUUGCAACAAGGUAUACACAUUGUGGUCGGUACUCCUGGCCGUCUCGAGGAGAUGAUCAACAGUGGAUUUGUCCAGCUCACCCAUUGUCGGUUUUUUGUAUUGGAUGAGGCCGAUGCCUUGCUAAAACAAGGCUACACCCAGCUCAUUGAUCGCCUACACAAGCAAAUACCAAAAAUUACUGCAGAUGGCAGACGCCUUCAGAUGAUUGUCUGCUCGGCGACUCUGCAUGAUUUUGAUGUUAAGAAAAUGGCCGAAAGACUGAUGCAUUUCCCCACCUGGGUGGAUCUCAAGGGUGAGGAUGCUGUUCCAGAGACUGUGCACCAUGUUGUCUGUCUGGUCGAUCCACACUUGGAUAAAUCAUGGCCAUCCCUCAGACAAUCGAUACGCACCGAUGGCGUUCAUGAUCGUGACAAUGUUCAUCCGAGUAACUUGUCACCCGAAACUCUAUCCCAAGCGGUGAAAAUUCUUAAAGGAGAAUAUGUCGUUCAAGCUAUCGAACAGAAUAAAAUGGAUCGUGCCAUUCUAUUUUGUCGCACCAAGCAGGAUUGUGAUAACUUGGAGCAUUAUCUUAGGCAACGUGGUGGCCAACGCUACAGUUGUGUCUGUCUCCAUGGUGAUCGUAGGCCACAGGAGCGUAAGGAGAAUCUAGAAAUGUUUAAGCGUCAACAGGUCAAGUUUUUGAUCUGUACCGAUGUGGCUGCUCGAGGAUUGGAUAUUACUGGAUUACCAUUUAUGAUCAAUGUAACAUUGCCGGAUGACAAAUCGAACUAUGUCCAUCGAAUUGGUCGUGUGGGUCGUGCCGAACGUAUGGGUCUGGCCAUCAGUUUGGUCUCAACAGUACCCGAAAAGGUCUGGUAUCAUGGUGAAUGGUGCAAAUCGCGUGGUCGCAAUUGUAAUAACACCAAUUUAACCGAUGUCCGUGGCUGCUGCAUUUGGUAUAAUGAACCGAAUCUGUUGGCCGAAGUGGAGGACCAUCUUAAUAUAACCAUACAGCAGGUGGAUAAAUCUAUAGAUGUCCCAGUCAAUGAUUUCGAUGGCAAGGUAGUCUAUGGACAAAAGAAUCUAUCCCUGGGCACGGGCUAUAAGGAUCAUGUGGAACAGUUGGUACCAACUGUACGUAAAUUAACCGAUCUGGAAUUGCAAUCACAAUCUUUAUUCUUGAAACGCUUAAAAGUCUAAAUGAAUUUUGUUUUGGUUUUUGUAAUUUUGCGUUUUGCUGAGCAAAA